UUGCGAUGGUACAGUGCGACGUAAGAGGUUGCUGCAGUAAUGGAGGGAGGAGGAGCAGCUGCUGCCGACUGCUCCUGACUCAGGAGGAGGAAUUUAAUUUAUUUAUUAUUCUGAGGAUUUCUUUCUUUCUCCCUUUCAUUCCCUCCCCUCCUCCGCUCGCUGGGAGAUGAAACAAGUCCGGUUAUAACGUGAAAGGGGGAAGCGGGGCCAGGUUGGGCCGGGUGAGUGAUUAACCCUGUGAGCGGUGGGGGAUGUCGCUGCUGCUCAGGGUGAUGUGAUGCUGCUGAGGAUGAUGUCGAGCUAUCUCACAGCCUCUGGUUAAAUGGAACCUGCGUUUGGGACCCUGAAGAUCCAGGCUGACUUAUGCAUUGCAUAGCAGCUAUUCCAAAAGGGAUUACAGACAUGAGCGGGGGAGGUGAGCAGCCUGACAUAUUGUCAGUCAGUUUCCUAGUAAAGGAAAGAUGGAAAGUGUUGAAAAAGAUUGGAGGUGGGGGCUUUGGAGAAAUCUAUGAAGCUGUAGACUUUCUGACCCAGGAAAAUGUUGCUCUCAAAGUGGAGUCUGCCCAGCAACCAAAGCAGGUUCUCAAAAUGGAAGUUGCUGUUUUGAAGAAACUGCAAGGGAAGGAUCAUGUUUGUAGAUUCAUUGGCUGUGGAAGGAAUGACCGAUUUAAUUAUGUUGUUAUGCAGCUGCAGGGUCGAAACCUCGCUGACCUACGUCGCAGCCAGUCCAGGGGUACCUUUAGCAUCAGCACUACUCUGCGACUGGGGAAACAGAUUCUUGAAGCAAUAGAAAGUAUUCACACUGUGGGCUUCCUUCACAGGGACAUCAAACCUUCGAACUUUGCAAUGGGCCGCUAUCCUAGCACCUGUAGAAAGUGUUUUAUGCUGGACUUUGGUUUGGCACGGCAAUUCACAAAUUCCUGUGGCGACGUUAGACCUCCUCGAGUAGUAGCAGGCUUCAGAGGCACAGUGCGCUAUGCAUCAAUCAAUGCACAUAAAAACCGGGAAAUGGGCCGACAUGAUGACCUUUGGUCCUUGUUUUACAUGUUGGUGGAGUUUGUCGUUGGGCAGCUACCAUGGAGGAAGAUAAAGGACAAGGAACAAGUAGGCUUGAUAAAAGAAAAAUAUGAUCACCGCCUUAUGUUGAAGCACCUCCCCCAAGAGUUCGCUUUAUUUCUGGAGCAUGUUCUUUGUUUAGAUUAUUUCACCAAACCAGAUUACCAGUUGUUGAUGUCCGUAUUUGACAGCAGCAUUAAAGCACACGGGGUUGUUGACAGUGACCCUUUCGACUGGGAGAAAACUGGGACGGAUGGAUCACUUACCAUGAUAACCACCUCCACCACUCCUCAGCUACAUACACGGCAGACACCUGCUGCUCUUGGAAUUGCUAAUGCAUCACUGGUGCCAGGAGAUCUGAUGAAAGAAAACACUGAUGAGGUACUGCAGGAUGAACAGCUCAGUGAUGGUGAGAAUGUUAUUCCAGGCAUCAUUUGCCCCGAAAGGAUGGCAGAAAUGCAAGAAUCCCAUAAUGCUCAAGCUCCUUAUAUUGGAGAGAAAGAUGUUUGGGAAGAAAUGGACAUCAACAGGAACAAAAUGAAGAUGGCUGGCUGUAAGGGCGUUACAGAGGAAGAGAACAGCCAUGGUGCUGGAAAUGGGCCUCAAACUGGGCCAAGCCUGGGCUCCCCAGUGAAGGUGCGUUCUGAGACUUUGCAGCCAGAUCGCGAUGUCCCACUGUUAAGAAAGCUAAGGUCCAUACACAGCUUUGAGUUUGAAAAACGUCUCACUUUGGAGCCAAAGCCCAGCACUGAUAAAUUCUUGGAAGCUUGCUCCACUAAGGCUCAGGAAGUCUUGGCCUUGUUGAAGGAUGUUGCUGCUACCCAGUCUCCGAAAGCCUCUGCUGCUGCUCGUACUGACAGAGUUUGGCACUUUGAUGAGGAGUACAUUCCAGACUGUUCAAAGCCCGUCUCUGUGGAAUCUCCUGCGCAUGGUGAUGCUGUCAUCAGCAAUGGAUUUGUAGCCGUUAAUUUAAGCUCCUGCAGGCAGGAGGUUGACUCCAAGGAGUGGGUCAUUGUGGAUAAAGACCGUGAUCUUCAAGAUUACAGGACUGAUGGAGGUCAGGGCCAGAAAUUGACCAGUCCAUCUGGACGAACAGAUGAUGAGGAGCCAGAUGUCCUAGCAGAAGAUCCUCCUCAAGAAGAAAGAUUAAAGCUGGAAGCAGAUUUACCAAGUGAAAAGACGGGACAUCUGCAAUCUCCAGAAACAGGAAGAGAACAGCUGAACACAACUCAUUUGCCACAUCCCAACACUCCAAGGAUGCAGAAUCCCCUCCGAUCCCUGAGCCCAGUAGUAUUCUUAUCCUCUGAUUCGGAUCCACUUCACAGGAAGCAGUCAGAUUUGCACAGGAGCCAGUCAGCUGAGAGCAGUUAUUCACGCUCUCCUGGUCGCAGGCAGCUACCCUUCAUUCCAGGCCACACCAAGCUGCCUUCUAUCAUUCGCAUCUCCAAAGCUCAGCUCCAACAGAUAACCGCAUCCAAGCCUGCAGAAGCACCAAUUCAUCCUGCCUCUGUAGUUAUACAGCACGAUGCGCAGGGAGAGACUGACCAGCACAAAGUAGAAAAUGCCACUGAUCAAAUACAAAGACCCUCAUCUCCACAAGAGAUGCCAGCUCUGGCACUGCACGACACAUUGUGUAAUGGUACUUCCAGAGCUGCCCUUAAAUUGGAACUAGACAAAGGGACAACGCAAGAGAAAGAGACCAUUGUGAUUGGCACAAUAGAAAGCAGUAACCAAGGGGAGAUCAUUACAAAAACUAGUGUCAAAUCUGACCACGACAAAGAUGACUCUCUCAGUUCAGUUCGAGAAGUCGGUAAACAUGAAGGAGGCCAUGUGGUUUCUGGAGAUGCAGAAAUUCAGCCUGAUGCAGGACAGUGCCCUUCAUGUGAAAGUGAACCCGUGGGUGAGCAACUACAUAUGGGUAAUGAACACACUCCACUAGCCCAACUAGGGACCUUGUCUUCUGUGCCAAAACAAGAAGAAAAUAAACCUCCUGGUCCUCACUUGACUAAUAUUAUAACCAGCACAGUGGCAACAGAUGAAGUGCUUCCCUAUAGAGAAGAGGAUGCUUUACCUACUGUGGAGUAUACAAAGCUUGUAAUGGAUGGACUGAAAGACAAACUGUGUGACGGAGAAGAAAAUGGCUUUUGUAAGUAUAUUGAAGAUGAGGUGGCUGAGUUACAGUCUUCUUCGAACAUUUCAUAUGAAUGCGUAAAGGAAUUGCUUCAUACUGUUGUAUCUGAGCAAGAAGACCAUGCAAAUAGUGUUGGACAUGAUGAGUCUGAUAAGGGCUAUAUUUCUGAGAUUAUGCAGAGAAAGAUUCAGGAACAACAGAACAAUCUUUCAGAACUAAGCGGAUUCAGAAAUGGAGAUCUGCUUCACAUCUUGACAGUCGGUGACAGUUCACUGCAUUCCAAGAAAAUUGAAGCCAAACCAUCUCCUCUCCGGCAAAGUCGCAUCCCAAUCCUUGCAUCAGAUGUGGAAGCAGUUUCAGAGUCAUCAGUUCCUGUCUCAGCUAAAGAGAAAUUGCUCCAGAAGAAGGCUCAUCAAAUAGACCUGACCAGGCAAUUAGUUGAAAAGAGACAAUAUACCCUUAGAACAACACUUCUGAGUGAUCUGUCAUCAGCUUCCGAGAAGUCCCUGGAGGAAAAGGUGUCUGGUCCAUCGAUGACUUUGUCAGAUGAUGGAACUCGUUCUGGGCCUCCUCCAAUGAAAGUUGGAAUGGAACAACAAUCAGGCAAGCAGACUGAUGAGGACUCUUUAACUAGUCUUCAGUUGCGAAGGAGCAAAAUCCCAAGACCAGUUUCAUUGACCAGUACUGAACAAGUCCCCACUUCAACCUCAUCCCAGUUUGUUCCAAGACCACCUCCAGGAAAACCGCCAACCAGACCCAGUGUGGAAGUCCGGUUACGACGAUACAGGGUCGUUGGAAGCGGUAGCUCUGACUCUGACCUGCUAACACAUCUUGCUCAAAUCCUUCAAAAUGGAUCCCAAAAGACCAGAAGCUCCCCGCAAUCCAAAAGUCCACAGUCACCCCGCAGCCCCAAAACUCCACCCAAAAGCCCAGUAAUCCCUCGGCGAAGCCCUAGCGCUUCACCGCGGAGCACCUCUUUGCCACGCACUGCCAGUUCCUCCCCCUCACGUGGACGCCCAUACACAGAUCAGAGGAGCUCUUCACCACACUUUGCCAGAAGCCGCUCCCCUCCAAGUUACUCUGGGUCCUCACCCUCCCGAAGAAGUUUCCUGCAGGAGCAUGGCUGUGGUAAACAGGGCAAAAAUAGCUUGAAGGGCCCUGGCAGCCCUCACCACUUGUGUCAAAGUAAAUCCACAAAGGGAAAGUGCUCAGGCAGAGAUGGCAAAGUGUCCAGUAAACUCAGCAGAUAGUAAUUUGUCCAUGUGUCUCUUCCCCUCCCCCACUCUCUUUCUCCUCCUCCACACCCUUGUUGCAUGUUGUUUAGUCUUUACUAAAUGGAAAUCUGCUGUUGUGUCUCCCUUAUUGGACAGUAGCUUAUAUGCCAUUUUGGAUCCAAGUAUUGGACAGGUGCUGCUUUGUAUAAACUAGGAUAGCUAUCAGUGAAAUUAAAAUUGAUUGAUAGCACAGUACACUUUUGGUCAUAAGCUGUGCAAGAGUGCUGCUGGUUUAAUUUUGGCUUCUGCUGCCUUGAGCUACUUAAGUAGGAAAUAUUAGCCCAGUACUUCCACCUUUUCCAAUGUGUACAGCAUCCUCCAAAAUCUUAUGACUUGACUGUCCUUGUGCCAUUUUAGAUCUCGAGGGAAACCUUAGAAGUUCAUAAAUAGAAGAAAGGCUGCUCUAGCAUUUUCAAUCGCCAAUAGUAAUAUAAUGUUUUUGCCAUCUUUUUAUGCAAAUAUUGACCGUGAUUUUUUUAAUGUACAGUGUGUCUAGAUAUAAAUAAAAUUUAAUUUAAUUAACUAAACCGAUUCAGACUUCAUAGGAAGUAGUUGAACUCAAAGUAGUUGAAGGACCAGCACAUAUAUGUUUGUUGCAUAGUACUGACAACUGACAAGAGUAGGGUAGUUUUCCUAGAUUUGAAAUUGUCCUAUGGAAUUAGAAGGCAAAAUCCUGAAUUACCUCUCUUAAGAGGAUGUAAAAUGCUAGUACUUUGAAAACUGGCACGAAAUGGGCAGGUGUGGGGGGUGGUGGUCAAUAAGCCUCAAUUUUUUCCAUUCCUCCUAUAGUUUAAUUUAAAUGAAAUGGUGACUUGGUCCAGUCCCAGUAGCAUACACUACACUCAAAAGUCCAUAGAUGUGACACCUUCUAGUAGAAAGGAGGAAACUUCUGCUUUAAGUGUUUACUAACCCUAAUCCUUGCAACUACUGUGAUACCAGACAUCAUCCGAAUAGUUAAUCACCGAAAGAAGAGAAAAUCAAUGCGAAAUUGAUUUUGGAGUGAUAAUUCCUACAGUAAUAAAAUAAGCGAUGAUUUAAAUUACUUUCUACACAUCAUUAUGUGUAAACUAUUAUCGAUCAGCAUUUGGUUGCCAUGUGCCUGUCUAAAAUAUUAAUAUAUUUUAACUUUGCUGCCAAGGCAAGAAACUCUGGUUUAAAUAAGGCAGAUUGUUAAAUGGAAAUCAUAUCAGCUAUCACUUUUUGCAAGCUUUCCUUGGGUGGGUGAGUUAUUAAUAUGUGUAGUAUUUUCCAACUGUAAUGUAACAUGCUGGGUAAUUUCUAAGCCUUUCAACAACCAUUUGAACGCUUAAAAAGAAAUUGAAGCCCUGUUUUAUGGUUUGUAUAUUAUUGUAUUAUAGAUGCUAACAACUGCAUGUCGUUCAGUAAUAUGUAUGUAUUUAUUGAUUUCAUAAGGAUUAAACUUUAUUGGCUACAGGCUGUAAGAUUGUUUUUGCGUGCCUGAAUGCUAUUUGCUUUACAUUUUCUUCCUGGCAUGCAAAACUUUACAGAGUCAUGAUUGGGGAAACACACACACUAAAAUUAAACUUUAAAAGUUAAAUGAUUCUGAAGCACUGUAAAAUGCGAAACAGGUGUACAGUCUGUUAAUCAUACAGAGGCUGUAAAUGUGAAAGAUGUCGAGAGUGGAAGUGGAACAAAUAGGAUUUUUCCUUUCUUUUUGUAACUGCACUGUAAAGGCAAAAAUGAAACACACAAAAACAAUGUUAUCCAAGUUACUGUUUUUAUUGAUUGCCAGAUAGUUGUGCAACUGUUAACCCUCCAGCAUGGACUUUUUUAAAGCUGCAGUUUUUUUUGGCUUUGCUCAGACAACUGUGUUUAUCAGAGUGAAGCUUCACCAGUUUCUUGUGCCUGCCCAUAUCAUGUAACUUUUUUCCCCAAAAUGGUGAAAAAAUCUGCAGUGUUCCGUAAUGCUUUGGCUGUUUUCAAAACAGGGAUUUUUAAAAGAAUUUAGUUUUAACGAAGAGGGAAGGAAGCGACUUCAGCAAAAAGGGGUUUUUCUAAAGUGACGACAAAAGGAACUAUGGCAGCUUUAACUGAGUUUGGAGAUGUUUAUGCAGAGGGCCUGAAAUAGUGUCAGCUCCACUGAAUUCAAAUGGGUAGAGCAAAAUCAUGUACCUUUUCUGAAAGUGGAAUUACUGCACUUUUCAAACCUGUAAAUGGAAGUGACUCUAGAUUACUAAUGUUACUGCUCAUAUUACCUGAAUAUUAUUCUAAUCUCUGCUCGUGGUAUAAUAUGUAAAUUAGUAUCAAUGUAAUAAGUUCAAAAAUGGGUCAGUAAAACUUUAUGCAUGCAUUAAUUAAAAGUUAAUCUGAAGUCAUUUCAAACUUUGUAUUUCAUGUUAACAGUUAAGGAAGGGAUAGAACCAAGUUGCUGGCCUCUCCCAGCCUGGUGGGCUCACUUACAAAUUGUGUGCACUGAAAGACUUGAUUGGCCAUGACACUAGUAAAUGGUUGCAUUGAAGGUGCUAAAAGCUUUUUUACAAAAAUCCCUUGCAGCACCAAGUUCCUUUUAAAAUGUUUCUUUCAAUUCUAUUGGGCUUAUUGUUUAACUGCUCUUGGGAAUAUCUAGUGUAAUACACUUUUUUUUAAAAAAUGCAAGUGAAAAGUGGGCCCUGUACCUCUGUCAAACCUCUUUCCCAACCGAAGAUUGCAUUUACAUAGGUUGCAUUGCUUCGAUGUGGGCAUUGUGGCUUCAUAAUAUGAGGAGAUGCACAUACAAAAGGCUUGGCUAUGGUCAAAUAACCACAAGUUUCUAAACUCUUAAGCUAGAGAAUAGUUUGCAAGAUGUUUCUAUGUGGUGGGUUCCAUUCAUUGUUUUGUGGUUGACUAGAACGAAAACGUUUCCAAUCCUAAAUUGCAUCUAGUAGGAUAUUUUGAAUUGUCACAUUCGAAUGGAAUAGGAAAUGAAAGGUUUAAAGCCUUUUAUACUACUUUUGAUUAUCCUGGGCAAGAGGUUGUUUUAUGGAGCCCUGCUUAGAGUCAACAUAAUUUACUAAAACAGUAAUGAGUAUGAAAUGGUCUGGCACAUUUCAACCACAGAGUACAUUGAACAAAAUGGCAUACACCAUUUGAAGGUAGGGUGUACAUAAAGCUGUAAUUAUUUAAGUUCUUUGAUUUUGUAUCAUAUCAAAGCCUUGUACAGUGUUUUAUGUUGUGUUCUAAAAUUAUUUUGUAUUUUAUUUUUAUAAACCAGUAAAAUAAAAUAUUCAUUAAGCAUGCCAACAUAUAAAUAUUUGUUGUCUUGUGUAUUCCAAUAAAAAAAAGGCUGGUGAAAAA